ACACUCAGUUGCCGAGUUAAGCCCGAACACGGAAUUUAUUUAUUUAUUUUCCUAAUUUCGUAAAUUUAAGCGAGUUAAACUUAACUUUAAAGCGAGUUAAAAGUUGGAGCUGUACUCUCCGAAUUUUCCACAUAACACAGGAUACCGGCUAUAUUUGAACCGUUCUUUCAGCUGUGUUGUAUACACUUGUUGCUAUCUCAGCUCGCUAUUUCUGACACUUAUCAUGGAGUUUGGCAACAAACUAGAAGAACUUAAUAUGACGACAGAUGAAAUAAACAGUUUCAGUAAAGCCAUGAAGGACGAGAAGUUUCGUGAGCUGCUCCACGAAUAUGCCCAGGAAAUAUCUAACCCAGAAAACAAGAAGAAGUAUGAGGAGGAAAUCACACAGCUGGAGCAAGAGAGGGGCAUAAAGGUAGAAUUUAUACAUCCAAAUCCCCACCAUGUGCUGAAGAGCAGUAUGAAUGGGAAAGAGAAGUGUUUUAUAAAUAUCUGCUCCAAUAACCUAAUCAACGAGCCCACAUGUAAAGCCGGAAGGGCUGAAAAUGGCCAGCUUGGGCAAUACUGGUCACUGCCAUACAGUCUAACUCCUGGUAGGCCUGACAGAGACAGCAAGGGCAAGAAAUACAUGAUAUAUGAUGUUGUUUUUCAUCCACAAACACUCUACAUGGCAGGCAAGAACCAAAGGUUUAUGAAACUUGUAAACAGUACUGCAAUACAAGGGGUGGAGAAUGCCUUUCAAGUCACACUGGACAAAACCAAUACAUUAUUGAAAAAAAUCCAAUACAAAGGUGUGCCUCAGCCAGCUGUAAUACGUAACCAAAUCUCUGGUCUGUCCAAGAAGGAAGAAUCCUCUCCUCAUGACAAAGCUUUCAAUAUACUUUACCCAGACACUCUGCCAGUCAAAAAUCCCAAACCUUAUUUGUCGUCUUUUGCCGAUAGUCCUUUAGUGCCUAUACAACCACAUUACACCAUCAAAUAUAGAUCUUUUGUGGAUCUGCAAGACUGUAGAUGCUCCAGAGAUUCGGCUCCAGGAACACGUCCAAAAGAGAUUGUCAUUACUAUAGAUUUACCACUUCUCAAAUCAGCAGCAAAUGUUGACCUUAACGUGACUGACAGAAAACUGGCUUUAGAAUCCCAAAAGCCAGAUUACAAACUGGAACUACAGUUAUCCUACCCUGUCGAUGCCGAUAAAGGAGAUGCCAAAUUCAACAAGGCUAAGAAACAGCUUACCGUAACUCUAACCGUACAGCCAGCUAAGGACCAUGAUAUGGCUCAUGUUGAGGAGAAUCAACCUGAAAGUGACAAUUGUGUUGUGAUGGGGACUGCAGAUAAAGCAGAUGAAGUGGUACAUGAAGCAGAACUGGUCAAAAAGGAUGCAAGUUGUGAAGGACACCCUCAAGAAAACAGCCCUGUGCAAGAAGAGGAAGGAAAUGAGCAUUUUUCCAUUGUUGAGGUUUCUGAAGUGGAAUCACAAAUGAAACAGACUGCAUCACAUUUAGAAGAAACAUUACACAAUGUACAAAAUAGUCCUGCCAACCCAUCCACUUGUGUAUUAGGAACAUCUGAGGUGGAGUCAAUAAUCAUCAGUGAUGGACCAAACCAAAUGAAUUCUCCAUUAGACACCAUAGAGAGUUUGUGCAGACUUAAAGAGACUGGAGCAUUGUCUGAAGAUCCAAAUAGCUCUAGCAAACUAAGUUCCUCCCUAGUGCCACUGAAUGAGCAAGUGGAUAAUGCUGAUUCUUACAAACAAGGCAAAACAGAUAUUAGUUUUCAGACUCCUACCAUCCUUAGGGAGAAAAACCCUGAGGGUGGCAGUGAGAUUAUUAUUACUGACCAUACCACAUCUGCUGGCCUGUCCUUCCAGAACUGUCUAUGCUUUGAGCUUGACUAAAAACAUGGCCCCACUUAUGUUCAUUCAUGGCCAACAUGUGUUAUAUUGUAUCAGAAUCAGAAUCAGGUUUAUUGGCCAAGUGUGUUGACACACACAAGGAAUUUUGUUCCAGCUGUUUGUGACUCUUAAAAGUAAUAAAUAACAUUAUAACAAUAAAUAACAAGACAAUGCAGGUGAUGUAAUACAAUAUAAACAGGUAUAUU